UCUCCCGGAGGUGUGGACAAGUCACACCGCAAAAGUCAUUCGUAUGGACACUUGAAUCAAAUUUUGUCAGCAGAUUUUGUGAAAGAGGGCUCCAGGACGAGCUAUCCGGUACAGGAAACGAGACAAUCAGAGCCUAUCGAGCAUACCUUUGGAGGAAUGGAGUUAAAACAUUGGAGACAGGAAAUAGCCAGAUCUGCUGCGCAGGUAGCCACUAGAAGCAAAGGAAAUCCCAAAGAAACAUGUAUCAUCUUAGAAUUUACAGAAGUUCGUCAGUUAUGCCAGGUUGAUUGCAAUGGAGAGGCCCUACCCAUUAUCAGUGCUCCCUUUUACUCCGACAAGUAUGAGCACAAACUUGGCAUACGAAUGUACCCCUGUGGAUUGGGUGAAGGAAGAAAUCGAUUCGUGGCUAUUUUUAUACAUAUGAUGAGUGGAAAAUAUGAUAAUAUUCACGCAAGAUGGCCUUUCACUCCACGAAUCACCAUUUCUAUCUUGGAUCAAAGUGGCAACGAACGCCACAUCAGCCAAAUCUUUGAAGCCAAGCCAAACAUGGUGGCGUUUCAAAAGCCAACAGAAGAGAUCAGUCCUACAGGAUGUGGUUUACUAAAGUUUGCUCCAAUCGAGGAAGUAUUUGGUCCUCCUUACGUUAAGGAUGAUAAACUGUUUCUUAAAGUUGAGUUUUCAUUCUGAAUGUUAGUUACUGAAAUCUGUUCAAUUCACCAUUUCUUUUGCAUACACAUUUGAUAAGAUAAUUGACGUAAAAAUUUUACGUCAAUAUGAACUUUUGCUUUGUAGAAAGGAAUAUUUUCCAGACUUAUUAUUUGGUUCUUCAUUUUUCAAUAAGCAAGGUAUGAUUCAAACCUAUGAGUAACUUUUGUGAAUAAGCCCCGUUCAGGAGAUUGAGAGGAAAAGGGUAAGCCUGUUCGCAGCCCUUCCUUGAAUGUUAAAAAAUGUAAAAAUUUCAAUUAUUUAUUAUCCAACUGUGCUUUGUUGAGUACAAAUAAUACGCGAGACGAGUAACUGAAUAUCACGCGAUACUUGUACUCCAGAAAUAUCCGCGAAAUUCGCCCGCACUGAAAUAACAAUUUGGAUAAUUACUCUCUUAUUCAC